CGUUCAACAUGGCGGCGGGGGGGGUAUUCGCGCUUAGCCUGAUUCUCGUUGUCGGACACCUCCAGGAAGGACCAGGAUCCCUCGCAAAGACCUUCACAUUCCCGGAAUAUCCGUAUAAGGAGACCACUAAGAACGAGCUUCUCUUCAGACAAUUUGAGCAGGCUUGCGAGGAGAGCGGUGCUUGCAAGAUGUUAUCGCAGCAUAGGAGCGACAGCGUCGCCAAAACACGAUGCAUCCGGGAAUGCGUAUCGCCAUCCUGUUACAAGGAGAUCUAUUUAUUUGAUCAGUUGGAGGAGGGCGAGAUUGACGUGAGAUUAAAUUCCUUCAAAGGUUGCUUCAUGCAGCGAAACGGUCGACCACGGAAGUAAGAAAGAAUGCCCACGGAAGAAACGCAGGAAGAACAGAUUUCUAAUCGCAAGAGAUGAACGAUUAACGGAUGAGCCGUCCUUUGGGAGAUACUGCAAUUGUGCAACAGAGAACACGCGCUGCGAUAAUAGUUCGUCGUUCUAUCAGAAACGCUUCUUGCUUAGACUUCGCUAGCCUGCAAGGAUUAAAUUGAUGAUGUAAUACAACUGCUGCAUGAUAUGCAUGAUGGAAAAGCACAAAAAUAAAACGGAAACAGAAACGCAUAUCAUGCACAAAAAUAAGUUAAACAAUGCAUAUCGUGCAGUCUUGUGAAAAUGAAGCGAAUUCUUCAAGGAAUUAAAUCCGAGAAUAAUCUUUUUCUACUUUUUGUACACAUAUUAACUAUGACGUUAUUGCAAUGUUAAUGAUAAUGCUGCACGAAGUAAACGAAUAAAACUGUUGGCUGCACCAGUGAUUUCAAUCACCUUAUCGCUUUUA